AUGGGCGGGGCCUCGGGGGAAGGAGGCCGAGUGGGUGUCAGCCUCAAGGCAGAACAGCAGGUGGAAGACCCCAGAGACCUAACUGAGGAGCUGCUCCGUGGCUUCAAGGAGGACGAUGGGGUGGAGGUGACUAGGAAGGUGUUGAUGGCCAUAAGCCAGCAAGACCUGGCGGAGAGAUUGACAAAAACAACAGGAUCUGAGAGAAGGAGAGCACUCCAGGACCUCCUGUCCAAGCUGAAGAUAGACCAGCACAGAAGCACGAAGCUGGGGUUGAGGGAUCUUCAGGAAAUCAACACAGGAAGUUCAAAGGACUGGACUCCUCAGGCAUUAGGGGACUUACCGUGGCAUUUCCUAAGGAAGGUGAUGGCUCUGAACGGGAUGACCAGAAACACAAGCCUUGGGCAUGGGGAGCUUGACGAUGAAGCAGUCAGUGAGGAGGAGGAGGAGGAACUGUAUAUUGAGGAUGAUUUUUUUUCUCUUAAUGACACUUGCACUACUGAUUCCCUGCACCCCCUCGAUGUUCUCUGUGCCGUUCUGCUUUGCUCAGACAGUUUCCUGCAGCAGGAGAUCCUGUCCAAAAUGUCCAUGUGCCAGUUUGCCCUCCCUCUGCUGCUGCCUGCCCUCGACACCCCCAGGUGCACCCUACUGCUGUGGGCCAUGAGGGACAUUGUGAGGAAGUGGAGGCCGCACUCUCUGGCAGAGAGCAGAGGGUUCAGGGAGGAGAGCCUGGUGCUCAGGUCAAUGCCAACCAUUUCCUUUGUGCGGCUGGGGAGCUGCAGCUUCUCCAAGUCCCAACUCCUCAAUGAGGUUCUCAGCCCCUCCCAGCAGUACCAUGAUUUCUUCAUCCAUCGGGACAUGGAGUCUGGGAACGUCCCUCGGGAAAUUGCAGAUGGGCUGGUUGAGAUUUCCUGGUAUUUCCCUGCUGGGAGGGAGAAUUUGGAUCUUUUCCCAGAGCCCAUCGCAGUUACAAACCUGCGGGGAGACAUUGAGUCACACUGGCUGCAGUUCAGCUUUUUAACAGAGAUCUCGUCAGCAGUGUUCAUAGUUACUGAGAGCAUCAGUGAGAGACAAUACGCACUGUUAUCAUCUCUGCAGGGAUCAGCUGCUCAAUACUACUUCAUCCUCAGUUCCCAGGCUGAGCAAUGCAGUGAAACUCUGGGUUUCCUUAAUAAAUUAGCGCCAGUGCUGAAACUGAACAAAUUAAAUGUGCUGGAGAAAAGCAACAGCACAAAUGAGACAGAAUUUGUAGAAAAUCUCCAGCGCACGAUACGAAGCAUAACGAACUCCUCCAACAAGAGAGUAAAUAUGGAAGCCCUGGCUGCAGCAGCACGUGAAUUAGGUGUCCUGGUAGAUGAGGACCUUGAGGAAUGUCAGAGCGGACGCAAGUGGGCUAGAGAAAUUACCAUGAAUAUGAGAGAUGUGACCAAUUGCAAGGCAGAAAUGCUGAAACUCCAAGGAGAACUGUGGAAUACCGUGACUAAAGUAGAAAAAGAGCUGUGCAGAAUGAAAGAACAAGGAACUGUCCCUCCUGAAGACUAUAAAAUGCAGCUGAAAGAAAAACUGUCAGAGCUUCGUGCCCAGCAAAAUAAUUGUGAGCUUAACGAUGGGCUGAUUAAAUUUAUCAAUGGACUAGAACAACUGACUGCAGUGGAAAAACAUCACUUCCUCAAAUGGCUGAAAUAUUCUCUGGAUCACAUUGCUAAGGAUGAACAUUCCAGACUACAAGUUCAGUAUAAUGCUUUGGCAGGUGACCCACAAAAGCUAGAAGAACUGGGUGAAUUAAUCUCUGCUGGUUCCCUAGAGGUGAAGCAUUUCCUGCGUGAGUUGGGGCAGUUGUAUGAGGCUGAACACGCAAUGGUGAAGGAAGGCAAAAUAGCAGAUUGCCAAAGGCAAUUCACCCCUCUCCCAGGCAUAGCAGCUGACCUGAUGCUGGAAGGGUUUCCCAUGGAGCUGAUCGAUGGAGAUGUAUCCAACAUCCCACUGCAGUGGGUGACAGAUGUUCUGACUGAGCUCCAUACCAAGCUGGGGGGAAGGUCCAAAAUGGUGGUUCUAUCGGUGCUGGGAGGGCAGAGCACUGGGAAAUCCACCCUCCUCAACACCAUGUUCGGUCUGCAGUUUGCAGUGAGCAGCGGCCGAUGUACACGAGGAGCCUUCAUGUCACUCAUUAAAGUGGCAGAGAACUUUCAGCAGGAGCUGGGCUGUGAUUUCAUCCUGGUGAUAGACACAGAAGGACUGAAAGCCCCUGAACUGGCCAAAUUAGAGGACAGUUAUCAACAUGACAAUGAGCUGGCCACACUGGUGAUUGGAUUCAGUGACAUAACUAUCGUUAACAUGACUACGGAGAAUGCCACCGAAAUGAAGGAUGUUCUGCAAAUUAUGGUCCAUGCCUUUCUCCGAAUAAAGGAAAUCAGGCAAAAACCACAGUGUUUAUUUGUGCAUCAGAACGUCAGUGAUGUGUCUGCACAUGGACAAAACAUGAGGGACAGGAAACACCUCCUGGAGCAGCUGGAUGAAAUGACCAAAGCUGCAGCAAGGAUGGAAAAUCUACACAAAGAAGUGACAUUCUCAGAUAUUAUGGACUAUGAUCCAGAAAUACAUGAUUGGUACCUCCCUAGCCUGUGGCACGGAGUCCCUCCCAUGGCGCCAGUGAACUUGGAAUACAGUGAGAGCGUGGGGGAGCUGAAGAAACACCUGUUUCAGUUGCUAAGGAUCCAUUCAGAUGAGAUUCUUCCCAAAAACAUUCCCCAGUUUACUGAAUGGGUGAAAAGCCUGUGGAAUGCACUGAAGCACGAGAACUUCUGCUUCAGCUUCAGAAACCCCUUUGCUACGGAGGCCUACAACCAGCUGUCUGCCAAGUUUUCUGAAUUGCAAUGGGAGUUCCAAAAGAAUAUGCAUCUUUGGCUGUCCGAACAAGAAACUAUCAUCCAGAAUCAGGCACCAGAUGAACUGGAGAGUGAGGUCUUUGCUCAGUUAAGUCAGGGAACCCAGCAGAAACUGCAGCAUGAAGAAGACAAGAUUUUUGAAUGUUUGGAAAAAUAUAUAAAAGAUGGAGCAUCAAGCACGCACAUGUUAGAGAUCAAAGAAGAUUUCAUCAGGAGCACAAGAAGCACAACAUCUACAUUUCACCAUUAUUCACACCAACAGCUGGAGAGAGCAAAGAACAACAGAAAGCGCCAUUGUAAGUAUUACAAUAGCGAGGCUGAGUUCAGGAAAAUAAUUGAACAGGAGGUUGACAAGCUUCUUGAAGACUGCAGGAGUCGUGAGCAUAAACUAAAUAAUGAGGAACUGGAGCGGGAAUUCCAGGCAAUGUGGAGAGAGGUGUUGUCCGAGUCAAUGCUAUUUUCUUCAAUGAAGCGACCAAUUUUUCAAGAAAUGCAAAGCCUGCUGGAAGAGGACCUGGAGAUUCGAGGGAGACUGAUGCAUCAAGAAGCUCAGAGCUUGCUACAUUAUUCAAUGAGCUCUUUCACAAUGAAAAAAGAAUACUUAGAUUUAGCAUGGUCUGAAAUUUUGAAGGAAGUAUUCACAAACGAAAGCUGGCGUAAAGCAGAGGAACUUGCUACAUCCUUAAUGCACCAGUGCUCUGCUUACAUUGGUGAAAAAGCAAAUUCCAAAGGAGACUAUAACAAAAUCUAUUGCGGAGAAUUGCUGUGUAUGAUCAAUGAGAGACUCCGACAGGAGGACGUUUCAAAACUUCGCACUAGUGGCUGCUUUGAAGUUGACCUGAAGCUUCACAUUUUGGGAGAAGCUGCUAGUGUGUUUCAAGAAAUCCAUGAUAGUUCUCUGAAAGAAACUGACCCUUGGCAAAGUCUGAAGGAACUUAAACUUCAGUAUUUCUCCAUCCUGAAAGAUCUUUACUUAGACAAAGAGCAAAGUCACAAAAGAGCCAGGGAUUUCUGUGACCAGUGUCUGAAACCUGCCCUGGUGGACUAUAUGAAUAAGAGACUAGGAAUAGCAAUGGCGGAUGACAUUCUCAGAAGCGGACAGUCCACUGAUUACGCCAGCCGGGGCUUUUUCCAAUUUACCACACAGAAAAAAUUGUUGGAGGAAAAUGAUUUUUACAACUAUGUGAGCUAUAUCGAAGACUAUGAAGGUUUUGUGAAAAACUGGAUCCAGAUACACCUGGUUGAUCACUACAGUGAGAACGAAGGCCUGGAAGAUUUGGAGGGAGAGAUUCUAUCCACUGUAAUAGAGAGAGUCAGGGGCGCUCUGGAAAACUCCGAAGAUAAGUCUAACACAGUUUCGGCCUUUAUAGACAACUUUUGCCAAGUGCUGCAGAAAGAUCUGGUCAUUUCCAAAGACAGCUUAGUGGGGAUACGGUUUAUAAACUCCAUUAACACGGGGAAAUUCUCUGCUUUCAUUCAGACUUUCCUUUCUGACCUGGAGCAACAAAUCUUAGCUGAAUUUAAACAUUUGGAAAUAGAGUUUAAACUCUCCCUUCUAUCAGUGAAGCCCCGGGAUGAGAUCUUUAAGCGAGUGUUUGGCUGUGGGAAGCAGUGUCCGUUCUGUAAAGUCCCCUGUGAGGCAGUAGGUACUGAUCAUAAGGAGCAUUUUGCAUCGGUACAUCGGCCUCAAGGAUUAGGGUCAUACCGGUGCAGUGAAACAUACAUACUUUGUUAUGAUUUAUGCUCCUCCGCUGUGGUUGCCAAUGCCACAUUCCAAUGCCCGGAGACACAAUGGGAGAGUCAUCCUUUUAAAGAUUAUCGCAUUAUUUUUCCCGACUGGUGCAUCCAGCCGGACCCCAGCAUCAACACCUCUGAUUACUGGAAGUUUGUUUUUAAGGAGUUCAAUCAAGAAUUUGCUGAAAGGUAUGAUGCUGAACCAGCUGAUCUCCCAGGGGAUUGGGAAAAAAUAACCAAAGAGCAGGCUCUGGAAAGUCUGGAGGAAGCAUUCAGAAUGAAAUAACCAACAUGCUGAGAAAAUCCAUUUAAAUAGCAGUUCAUUCAACUCAGCAGAACAACAGUUGGUGAUGUCUGUUAUUUAAAUACUCAUUAAAAGUGUGUGAGUUUGUGAUCUGUGGAACAUAAGAACAUAAGAACGGCCGUACCGGGUCAGACCAAAGGUCCAUCUAGCCCAGUAUCUGUCUACUGACAGUGUCCAAUGCCAGGUGCCCCAGAGGGAGUGAACCUAACAG